AUGAAAUCGGCAGCAAUGAUGGUCGUACUUGUGACGCUACUCUAUUAUGUGCCCUUCUCAAUAGGCCAGCAUCCCACCAUUGUACAACUGGUGAAGAGAAAUGAUCAGUUCAAAUUGCUCGCUUUGGCGUUAGAAGCUGCCGGUGUAACUGAAGCAAACGAAAUGAAAGGUCCAUAUACUCUAUUUGCUCCGAAUGAUGCAGCUUUCGCAAAAGUACCAGUAUCAGUUGUUGAACGCUUAUCGGAUCCAAAGAAUGUAGAAGAACUUUUUCGAGUACUUAGCUACCAUGUUGUUGUCGGGAGAGCUUUAACAGCAGCUCAACUACAAGCAAUGAGUUCGCCAACACGUCUCAAAACUCUAGCAGAUGAUUUUCUUACAGUUGCUGUCCGUAAUAAUCAAGUCAAAAUUAACAAUGCAACUGUGGUUGCGAAAGAUUUACAAGCUAGCAACGGUAUCAUUCAUACCAUUGACUCAGUUUUGAUGCCGCCAGCUACGAGUGGCUGA